AUGCUCCCCGCCCGUGCGCUCUCGUCCUCGUCCCCCUCCUCCUCUUCCCUUCGUCGCUGCCUCUCCAGUGCCACUCGCAAUAGUUUCGUCGACCGCCUACGCGAUGAACUCACCGAGAUCGAAGCCGCUGGCACGUACAAACACGAGCGCGUGAUCGCGUCUGCUCAGGAUGCCGAGAUCCUGGUCAACGGCAAGGCCGUGCUCAAUUUCUGCGCGAACAACUACUUGGGGUUGAGUAACCACCCUCUGGUGGUCCAAGGUGCAGCUUCGACGCUCCAGGACCGAGGCUUUGGGCUCAGCUCGGUCCGCUUUAUCUGUGGUACUCAAGACAUCCACAAGCAGCUGGAAACCGCCAUCUCGGCUUUCCACGGCACGGAAGACACGAUCCUGUACCCCUCGUGCUUUGACGCCAAUGCAGGACUCUUUGAGGUGCUCUUGAACAAGGAAGACGCUAUUCUCACGGACGAGCUGAACCACGCGAGUAUCAUUGACGGCAUUCGGCUCUGCAAAGCGGAACGUCAUCGGUUCAAACACAUGGACAUGCAAGACCUGGAACAGAAGCUCAAAGAGACGCAGCACUGCCGGACGCGGUUCAUUGCAACGGACGGGGUCUUCAGUAUGGAUGGAGACGUCGCCCCGUUGCAGGAGAUUGUCGCGCUCGCUGACAAGUACGAUGCUCAGCUGUUUAUUGACGAGUGUCAUGCGACGGGGUUCCUCGGCCCAACGGGACGCGGGAGUGACGAAUACUGCGGGGUGAGCGGCAAAGUGGACGUGAUCAACUCGACACUUGGCAAAGCUUUGGGUGGUAGCACUGGUGGCUACACGACUGGCCGCAAGGAAGUCGUGGACUUGCUGCGGCAGCGGUCGCGGCCGUACCUGUUCUCCAACUCGCUUGGUCCGUCAGUGGUUGGUGCCUCGCUCAAGGUCUUUCAAAUGCUCACGGAAUCGUCCGAGCUCGUGGACAAGAUCCGGGCCAACACGCACCGCUUUCGCGAUCGGAUGACUGCUGCAGGCUUCUCACUCAAGGGAUCUCGUGAUCACCCGAUCGCGCCUGUGAUGCUGGGCGAUGCUCGUCUAGCGUCUGAAUUGGCUGAUGAGAUGCUCAAGCGCGGCAUUUACGUGAUUGGCUUCAGCUACCCCGUUGUUCCAAAGGAUCAAGCUCGAAUCCGCGUGCAGCUCUCUGCUGCACACAGCAUUGAAGAUGUUGACAAGGCCGUGGACGCUUUCAUCGAGUGCGGCAAAGCGCGUGGGAUCAUCAACUAG